GGCGCUUCGCGUCGCGCGGCAGCGCUCACGUGUGUGCUUGUGGUUGCUUGUGCAGCGGCGCGCGCGGCGGCAGCGCUUUUUUUUUUGCUGCCGACAGCGGUCUCGCAGCGCUAUCAGCGCGUGUGUGUGAGCCGACGCGUCGCCGCGGCGGUAUUCAGAGCGCAAUGAGUCGGGGCCACAAACGCACGCUGCCGCUGAGCCUCAAAUUGCUGCUUGAGCCGCGCGUAGCAUCGCAGUGCUCGCGAAGCGCUCUUCGUGUUUGUCUACGUACGCUCCCAGGCGGGUUCCGAGGGUCCCGACGGCAGCGCGAGCGCAGCACAGCUUUGCACCUGUGAGGAGCCACCAGUGCAUCUACCGCAGCGUUCACGGCCUCGACGCGGCGGCGACUCUGCACGACGAGGCGACCUUUCGUACUCGCAGCGGUGGCGGCGGCGGGCCACACCACGCGCGCGCUGACGAUGGCGUCCUACCGGAACGGCCCGAAGGUCGCGGACGGCUUAGAAGAACGCUACGCCGCGAUCAAGGCGGCCCAGCCGCAGCAGGAGCAGCACUACGCGGCGUGGCUCGCGUCCGGCACCGUUAAUUGUCAAGGCUACGAGGAGAUGGCGGCCGCGCUAGGUCUCGCCCUCGACGUCGCGAGCGGCACGAUCUCCUACACCGAUGCGUUCCAGGCCCCGUCCCUACCUUUUGAGUUGUGGUACUGCCGCCACGGCAAAACCACAGGAAACACGGAACCUCGAGUCUACCAGGGGUAUGUGGAUGAGCCCUCGAACGCACUCAAUGAGGUCGGCCUCCAGCAGGCCCAGGACGCGGCGGACAAGCUCGAGGCUUUAGGAUUGGACCCCGACCUCGUGGUCUUGUCGCCGCUGGCGCGGGCGGCGGACACCGGAAAAGCUUUCCUAGAACGAAAAAAAACGUUCCCGCAAGAUCGCGUCCUGACCUGGGAGUCCUGCGCGGAGAUGCGUUUUGGAGAUUGGGACAACAUGAUGGUCAAGGACAUGCCUACCGAUAGCAUCUGCCACUUGUUCUACCUCGGCCAGAACGCCGUCGUGAAAUCAAGUGGAUUAUACGUCGACCCAUCAAAUGGCAACACCGUCCCGGGCGAGAACUUCGUCGAGGUGCUCCACCGGACGCGGGCCAUGCUCACGACGCUGACGGAGACCGUGAACGGCCUGCCUUCACGUGCUGACGGCAAGCCCAAGCAGGUCAUCAUCUACGGCCACUCCAUGGCCGGCGCCGCCCUCAGUGUCCUGACGGGCAACGGCAAGCAGGUCGACGGCAAGACCUAUUUAGGAUUUGACGGCAAGUACAUCAUGCCGAACGCGACGCCCGUCAAGCUCGUGGACGCGGCCUAACAAUACUAGUCGUUGA